GGUGAAUCAACAAGCGCAGAAAAUCCACACGCCCCUCUCCCUUCAACCCAAUUCAGCAUGGUCUAGAUCGCCAAGGUCGUCAUUUCUUCAUACUGUACAGACUCAAAGACGACCCUCCCCAUCGCGUCUCCCAAAUGAAUUGGUGAAAGAAAGUCAACAUUAGUGACAACGAACAAGCGACACACUGUCCCGAUCGCGGGACCUUAUCGACGCAAGAAAACAACAACAACAAAUUGCUGGCCCCGCACCUUUUGACUUUAUCGCAUCCCAGACAUUGAGCGAUCGAAACGUUUACGAGCGCGGGCGACUUUCGCCUUCUUACACGUAACAGCAGAGACGUCAGACAAGAUGACACCCCAAGAUGACUCCGUCAACUUUGAUAUCAUUGAAUCUCACAAGGAGAACAUCCAAGCCCUCCCCAGCGGUCGCUCCGCCCGCAAACUCGCAGAACUCUUCUCUCCUUCACAUGGCGCCAGCAGUUCGAGGCAAGCGCUCGCACCACAACUAACACCGACCCCGAACCCUACCGAAGUCAAGUCCGUCAACGAUGCCAUCCGCGCCGAAUACGAAGCCGAGCUAGCCGCCUUCAAUCCCGAAGAGCAAGAUGAUCCCCUCGACAUCUACGACCGCUACGUCCGCUGGACUCUCGACGCCUACCCGUCCGCCUCAGCCACACCGCAGUCGCAGCUGCAUCUGCUGCUCGAGCGCGCCACCCGCGCCUUCGUCGGCAGCGCCCAGUACCGUAACGAUGCGCGCUACUUGAGGAUGUGGCUGCACUACAUUCGCAUGUUCAGCGAUGCGCCCCGCGAGGCAUUCGUCUUCCUCUCGAGACACCAGAUCGGCGAACAGCUGGCGCUGUACUACGAGGAGUUUGCGGCGUACCUAGAGGGUGAAGGGCGCUGGGCGCAGGCCGAGGAGGUUUACAAGAUGGGUAUUGAGAAGGAGGCUAGGCCGGUGUCGAGGCUGGUGAGGAAGUUUGGCGAGUUUGAGCAACGACGGGCGGCACUUCCUGAGGGUGCUGAGGAUCAGAGCAAUAGCGUCCCUGUCCUGCCGGUGGUCAGAAAAGCGCUGGGCGUCAAGUCAGAUCCGUUCUUGGCGGCGGGCGUGGAGAGGUUGCCUCGGGAUCCGCAAGCGCCGAGACCGAAUAUGGGCGUUGGAGGAGCAGCUGCGGGACCGUCGAAGCCGAAGAGUAAGCUGGCAAUCUUUUCGGAUGCAGAUGCGGCAGCCCAGCAACCGGCCCUGGGCUCUCUAAGUGCUGGUUCGAAGGGAUGGGAUAGUAUUGGGAGCUUGGCCGAUCGGAAGAAGGAGAAUACCGUGGAACCGAAGCCGUGGGCCGGCGAGGUACUCAAAGCUGGCGGAAAGAAACCUGUACAGAAGAUGCAGGUAUUCAGGGAUACGGACUAAUUGUUUACGAUGGGUGGUGCGCUCGGCGUUCUGGCGCACUCGUUUUUGUAUGUUAUUGUACAGAUCAAGAAGACUACGAAUCCUAUGAUGAUGAACAAGCAACAACUUUCUCAAUCACAUAUUCCAAUACACCAUUCUCAGUCCCAGGUGACGGUGAACCCGGUAUCCGGUAAGCGGGAGAGGGUAUUUGUGGACCUCAGAGUGAUCUACCCUACGCCUGACGAGCCCGGUACCGAGUUGAGUUUCGAAGAGAUAUGGGCUGCUCGAAGAGGUUGGCUGGAUGUGGUCUGGGAGGACGAGAGAAAGAAACGACCACUAGAUGCGAUGUUGACUCCAAAGAGGGACGAAAAUAUGGAAGACCUGACGUUGGAGAUGGCGUCGACAAAAAUUGUGGCUUACCAUGAUGUUUUGAAACUGGACGAAAACGGGAAGCCCAUCUACCCUGAACACAAGGCUGGCAGGAGCGCCAAGAAGAACAAGGUGAUUGAGGUGAACGAGACACAGAUCAUCAAAGCCAAGCUGGACUCUCCUUCUGGGCCAAAGAUGAAGAAGAGAGGCUCGUCAUCAGAACCAACCAUGACGCUGCACACGAAAGCAGCAACAGAUGACAUCUACGACAUCUUCAACGCUCCGCUUAAACCUACAGCAAACCCCAGUUUAAGCGACGACGAGAAUCGCUAUGAUUCGGAUGACUAUACUUGCGGUGUGGACGACACCUCGAAGAACCUUGCCACCAGUGAGGCAGGAGAUGAGACCACAGUUGUAGAGGCAAUCGAGGAAACGGAUGUUGCAGACGAGGAUGACGACGUCAAGAGCGAGUGGUCCGACUUCACAGCGCGAAAACACAUUCCUGAUUACCAAGGUGGUGGGGACGAAGACCAUGAAAUGACGGAUGUUUUGGACGAAGAACUCAACGGCCAGCCUGAAACCUCCCAUUCACAGUUUAAUCACAACAAGGUUCCAGACGAAAACCCAACGCAGGGUGAGCGUCCCUUGACUCACAACCCCCCACCCGCACCCGAAGAAGUUCCUCCUACCACGAGGAAUAUCUUCGUACCAGUCCCUCCCGCAGACUACGUCCCGACAAGAAGGCCGUAUCGAGAUCCGGUAGAAGUGGCUAAUAACCGCCUGCCCUUCAUGACGCCUAUCACAGAAAGAACGGAGUUUUCGUCGCUCGACGUCACGUAUCACCACCCAAACAUGCAUCACCCUGUUCUCACCAAGACCCCGUCUAAGGCACCGGGCCUGCAUCACGACAUGAGGGAUGACAUGUCCGUGGAUGGUGAGGAGGAGGACGGCCAAUUUUCUGAAAAUGAAGAUGAAGAUAUGCUCGAGCCGGAGAGCAGUCCGCUGCGUGAGAUCCCUGAGGAAGACGAGGAAGAAGAGGAGCAGCAAGAGAAGUUCUCGCCGAUUCCAGUCUUGUAUGGCCAGUUGGGCCAGAAUCAGCCCGCGGCCAGAUCCCCUCUCGCCGUGAAGUCAGUUACCACAUCACCUUUGGCACACAGAGCGGUUUCUCCUCUCGCGCCCAGGCUUCCAGGGCCUAUCAUCAAAGAACUGCAGUGCAACCCCGUCGACGAGCUCGUCCGCAAGAAGAUCCUCGCUAACGUUCAUCCUCCCCUCACCUCGUACGAGGGCUUCUACGACCACCGCCACGAGAAGAUCCGCAAGGGCGCCGAAAUCCGCAAGUUUGCUCAAGCCCAGUCCGCGGCUAGUAAGCGCGGGAGGAAGAGCACCUCUGCCGACAAGCGCGAUUCCCUCAACGAGCCGCAUCCUAUCAUGUUGCAGCUCCCCGGCAAUCCCAGCACCAAGUACACCAUCAAAAAGGAACUCGGCGCCGGUGCCUAUGCCCCUGUCUACCUGGUCGAGAAUUCCAAGCCUACCAAGACUGCCUCCCGAACUGGUUAUGGUUAUGGGCAACAAGAGAACGAGAACAACAACCUUCCCGCCCACCUAAUCCGUCACCCCCGCGAAGCCCUCAAGAUGGAACAACCCCCGACGGCUUGGGAAUUCUACAUGAUGCGCCUCGCGCAUACCCGCCUCCUCGCCGCCAACACCUCCUUACACCACCGCGCCCUCGCUUCCCUCAGCCCGGCCCUCGAGCUACACCUCUACCAAGACGAAGGCUUCCUCUUUCUCCCCUUUUUCCAGCACGGCACUCUGCUCGACGUGAUCAACCUCUUCCGCUCAGAGUCUUCAGGUGUAAUGGACGAGCAGCUAGCCAUGUUCUUCACCGUCGAACUCUUGCGGGCCAUCGAGGCCUUGCACUCGGUGGGCAUCAUGCACGGCGACGUCAAAGUCGACAAUUGUCUCCUUCGCCUCCCUACGACGACGGAUAUCUUGCCGACUAACCAGUACCACGCCGACGGAUCCGGCGGGUGGGCUGCGCGCGGAUUGACGCUCAUUGAUUUCGGGAGGGGUAUUGACUUUAGGCAGUUCAGACAAGAAGUCCAGUUCGUGGCGGACUGGAAGCCUACCGCGCAGGACUGUGCCGAGAUGAGGGAGGGGCGGCCGUGGACGUGGCAGAUUGAUUACCAUGGUCUUGCCGGGGUUGUGCACGCGUUGUUGUUUGGGAAAUACAUUGAUACGGUGCCUUGCGGAACUUCCCACUCCAGGUCGUUCGGUGGCCCAGGUGGGAAUGAUCAGAAGAGGUAUAAGAUCAGGGAGAACCUAAAGCGGUAUUGGCAAACGGAUAUUUGGGGCCAUUGUUUUGAUUUGUUGCUGAACCCCGGGAGCUAUGUGGAUGAGGAGGAAGGGGGGAAUAUGCCUGUCCUAAAGGGGCUGAGGACGGUUCGGGAGAGGAUGGAGGGCUGGUUGGAGGCGAAUUGUGAGAGGGGCGUGGGUUUGAGGGGGUGGAUGGGAAAGGUUGAGGCUUGGUCUAGGGGAAGGAGGUGAAGAGUUACGUUGGUGGGAGGGAGGGUAAGUGAUAAUCGCGGGUUUAUUUUUCGCAGAAGGUGGAUUGUUUUACUUUGCUAUACACCGUGCCGGCGUUGACUGGUUAGGACACACAAGGAGUUGACAGGCACGGCAUCAAGGUUCUAUUAAGAGCAAACGACAUUGCUGAACAUAAUGACGGGAUGUUGAUUUUCUUACUAUUGUGGACGUACAAUUACUUUUCCAUUCCCCCUUUGAGGGUGGCAUCUGUCUAUGCAACGCUAUAUAUACAAGCUUCAAAGCACCAUACCCCCAACUCCGU